GAGGCGGUCCUGCGGGCGGCCCCCCCUACCCGCCGGAGCUGCGCGACGUCGUGCCCGGCGUGUGGCGGCACCUGGCCUCCGCGCUUCGCAGCGCGGACUUUGUGGACCACCUGCGGGGCGGCCGCCGGCACGACGCCGGGGAGGACGGCAGGAUCGCGUCGCUGGCUCGCCACCUGGAUCUCGGACAACUCGAGGGCCCUCCCGUCAUCACCGUCGCGAGCUUCGAGAAAGCCAGUGAUUGCAUCAUUUACGGUGGCAAGAUGCAGGCGCUGAGCGCGGAGUACCGGGGCGUGGGCCUGCGGCCCGUCGUCUUCCACGGCGCCUACGACAGGACGUCCAAGACCAUGCUUCUGAGCCCAGACGUCCUGGGAAUGCCCCCGAACGAGCUGGAGUGCAUUCUUUUCCAGCUGCUGGGAU